CCUGAUGCCCUCAUCAGACCGAUAAUUGAGGAUUUUGUUGCAAAAGGGUACAAUAACCCCGAGAUUGUAACUCGGCUUCGUAGGUAUUAUGAUACUGAUGCAUAUAAUGUUUCGAUUGACCUCCUGAAAAAGCGGCGCUCUCAGUGGGGACUGAAAUCUGCGCGUGGACAAGCCCACACCAUUACAAGCAUAGGUCCGGCUAUUGAGCGUGUACGAGCACGCUUCCCAAAGCAAGGUUCGCAUGACAUGAGACAGACUCUCAUACAUGAAGAGAAGAUCAUUGUUUCGAGAAAGUUAAUUCUUCGCUACAUGAAUCUUUAUCAUCCGGAAGAUAUUCAAGCUCGCAAGAGUCGGCGCCUGAAGAGAAGUAUAUACUGGACAGCGGGUGUUAACGAUAUUUGGGUAUUCGAUCAGCACGACAAGUGGCGACGCUUUCAGCUAUAUCUUCAUGUUGCAAUCGAGCCGUUUUCAGGACGUGUACUCUGGCUCAAGAUUUGGUGGACGAACCGUAACCCCCGCCUUAUUUGUGGGUGGUAUUGUGAUACUGUAGAAACUCUUGGCGCUAUGCCCCUCGUAACGCAGAGUGACCCUGGAAGUGAAAACAACGGCAUUGCCAAUGGUCAUACCUUACUUCGUCACAUGCAAGAUCCAACACUGGCCCGUACGUUGCAGCACAAAUUCAAGGGUCAACAUCGCAACAUCAAGCCUGAGAUAUUUUGGAGUCAGCUCCGACGACGCUGGACCCCAGGAUUUGAAGAUAUUCUUGAUUAUGGUAUUAAUAAUGGAAUCUAUAAUCCUGAUGAUGCCUUGGAAAGGCUUGUUUUUCAUUACGUCUUCAUUCCGUGGCUACAGCACGAACUUGACCUCUUUGCCGAAAAGUUUAAUAAUGUCAAACCUCGUCACAAUAUUCACAAGAUCCUCCCACAUGGCCGUCCAAACGACAUCUUCUAUCACGCCGAAGAUUUUGAGUCUUGUGACUUCUCGGUGAAAGUUGACCGCACUAUGCUUGAUGCUGUACGACAGACAUAUGCUGUCCCUGACCAUCCUGUCUUUUGUUUGGUACUGCACGACUUUUCUCAGCAGGCUUCUGCUUUCAUGGUGGAGCUGGGCACACGUCCAGUGACUCGGGACAACGUCUGGAACAUCUAUGCUGAUCUACUGAUGUGUUUCCGUUUGAUCGAGGAGGAGGAACAGAUUCGCGAGCUUCUCGCUGCGCAACCUCCACUUCCUUGUGACGGUGAUAAGAUGCUCGGGAGCGAGGACUUGCCUAUUGUAGAUUUGCCACCAUUUGUCGAAGGCAGCGGCCCUGGUGGCGAGAAUAACUCAGAUGCUGAGGAGGAGCAGUCAGAUGAUGCGUCGUCUGAUUUCUAUGAGUUUGACUGGACGGACGAUGAACCUUGA